GCAUUUCGUGAAGGUCCAAUGCCUCCAUAAUUCCACCAAUCAGUCAGUACCCAAUCCCCUCAGGACUGAGAUUUUCAUGUGGUAGUUCCACUUCCACGUUACUGCACUUAUGGAUCACCAAAACCAAUAUCAUUGCUCUGUCUGCAUGAUGAAAGAUAGUUGCAGGACGGUACGGUCCCGGACAAAGCUAAUGAACAUUCUAAUAGAAAGAGGGAAACCCCAAGAAGUUCAGUCUAUUUUUGACAGUUUGAUUGAAGGAGGGCAUAAACCAUCUUUGAUAACAUACACAACACUUUUGACUGCCUUGACCAGCCAGAAGGACUUCAGUUCCAUACACUUUAUCAUCUCUCAAGUUGAAGAAAACGGUAUGAAACCGGACUCGAUAUUUUUCAAUGCUGUUAUAAAUGCUUUCUCUGAAUGUGGAAACAUAGAAGAAGCCAUGGAAAAUUUCUGGAAGAUGAGGGAAAGUGGAUUGAAACCCACUACUAGCACUUAUAACACGUUAAUCAAAGGGUACGGGAUUACCGGUAAGCCUGAAGAAUCUGUUAAACUGGUAGACCUAAUGGUUCGGGAGGGGAAUGUCAAACCCAAUCUCCGGACCUAUAACGUUCUUGUCCGAGCAUGGUGCAAAAAGAAGAACAUGACAGAAGCUUGGAAUACAGUUGAUAAGAUGAUUUCCUCUGGAAUGCAACCUGAUGCUGUUACCUACAAUACCAUAGCAACGGUUUAUUCACAGAAUCAAGAGACUGAUCGGGCUGAAGGUGUGAUUUUAGAGAUGCAGAAAAAUGGUUUGCAGCCUAAUGAGAGAACUUGUGGCAUCAUUAUCAGCGGAUAUUAUAAAGAAGGUAGGAUCAAGGAGGCCUUGAGGUUUGCCUAUCGGAUGAAGGAACUCAGGGUGCAUCCUAAUCUCGUGAUGUUCAAUUCAUUGAUCAAAGGUUUUGCUGAUAUCAUGGAUAGAGAUGGGGUUGAUGAGGUACUUUCUUUGAUGGAAGAAUUCAAGGUCAAACCUGAUGUUAUAACUUUUUGCACCAUUAUGAAUGCAUGGAGUUCAGCUGGAUUUAUGGGUAAAUGCAGGGAAAUCUUUGAUGACAUGGUGAAAGCAGGUAUUAAGCCCGACAUUCAUUCCUAUAGCAUUCUUGCCAAAGGUUACGUGCGAGCACAAGAACCAGAGAAAGCUGAAGAACUUCUAACAAUCAUGAUUGAAUCAGGAUUUUGCCCAAAUGUUGUAAUAUUUACAACUGUUAUCAGUGGCUGGUGCAGUGCUGGAAGAAUGGAUUAUGCAAUCAAGACUUUCGACCAAAUGUGUGAAAAUGGAAUAUCUCCCAAUUUGAAGACCUUUGAGACCUUAAUUUGGGGAUAUAGUGAAGCCAAGCAGCCAUGGAAAGCAGAAGAACUUCUUCAAGUAAUGCAAGAAUUUGAGGUUCAGCCUGAGAAAUCCACCAUCUCGCUCAUCGCCGAAGCUUGGUGUGCCACCGGAUUGACAAAAGAGGCAAAUAGAAUUUUGGGUUCCAGUCUUAGUAAGCAACAGAAAAUCGAGACAACAAAAGAGAUACCAACUGAAAUUCUAGAGAAACUAUACAGCAAGCAAACUACAAUUGUCCCACAUUCCAAUCUCAUACAGAUACCAACUGUAGUUACUGAUGAUCACAAGGGGUCAGCUCUGUCUCUUCGAAAAGGUCGAAUGGUGCUGAGAGAUGCCGAUUCUCCGUUGGAUUGCUCAAGGCUUGCGACGAAAUCAAAAUAUAUUCCAUUGGGUUGUAAAUUUGGAGCAAGGUGUCCCAUUGUUUGCCGGAAGCAAUGUCAAAGGCAGCUCGGCAUAUAUGGUCAGCUUACACAUUCAUGUACAGUGGUUUUCCUUAACUGAGAGAAAAAAGGUUAUGAGCUUCUGGUAUAAUUGAAGUCAUGAUUUCCUUUCUAAAGAAAAAGAAAUUGUUCCACA